UAAAGCAAGCCGUGAGGAGAAGCCAUGUUUAUACCGUAGGUGGUUUAGUGCGGGUAUACGUGUUAUCCAUUAUUUUCAAAUAGUAACGUUUAAUUAUUUAUUUACACGAUACACCGUGGUGCGAAGUGUCCUAAGUGUGAAGUCUCCUUUACAUUAUAAUUGUGGACGAAUUGUUUUUAUCAGGGAGUACAUGAAAUAAUCUGGUAGACGCGAACAAUUUUAUGACUUAUGGACCUUCGUUUCUCGGGAUUCUUUUGCUACCUCAUAAAUUGUUUACAAGUUGUUCAAGCUGCUUUGAGAGUAAAGAGUGCCCUAAGAACGUGCUAUUCACGCUAGGAGUACAAUUUCCUUUUCAGGAAUCGUCCGCGUACAUUGGAUGGAUGUGAUGCAUCUUUAGCACAAGCAUUUUGCGCGUUUUAUAACCUGACAACACGUCCGAAGUUUCUCUAUCUCUAUCAUGUCAUUGCAUCUUUGACAAAAUAUUAAGCGAUCUGGAAUAAAGUAAACAAAUUCCAAAAUGUGGUCAUCACAAGGAAACAACUCCAACUCAAAUGCUUCAAAAGAAGAAAAGAAUCUACGUACAUUGGGUAUGACAUCUGCUAUCAGUGUAGCAGAACCAAAGCCCAGUGACCUUACUAGGACAAAUGAAUUAAAGGAAGCAUUAAAGCCAUACAAUGUAUUUGAAUCAGAAGAAGAACUAAAUCAUAGAAUGGAAAUUUUAAGCAAAUUGAAUGCAUUGGUGAAGCAGUGGAUAAGGGACACAAGUAUUGCCAGAAAUAUGCCACCUAAUGUUGCUGAACAAGUUGGCGGUAAAAUAUAUACUUUCGGUUCAUAUAGGUUAGGGGUACACCACAAAGGUGCUGAUAUAGAUGCCCUAUGUGUUGUACCCCGUCACAUCUAUAGGUCGGAUUACUUUACAUCCUUCUUUGAAUUACUGAAAAUGCAAGAAGAAGUGACUGACUUGAGGGCAGUGGAAGAAGCAUUUGUACCAGUAAUCAAAAUGAACUUUGAUGGUAUUGAGAUUGACAUGCUAUUUGCAAAACUAGCUCUUAAAGAAAUCCCUGAUUCAAUGGAUCUCAGGGAUGAUAUGCUUCUGAAAAAUCUUGAUCAGAAAUGUGUGAGAAGUCUUAAUGGGUGCAGAGUAACUGAUGAAAUAUUGCGUUUAGUACCUAAUAUAGAAAAUUUUAGGCUGGCUUUAAGAGCUAUUAAAUUGUGGGCAAAGAGACACGGUAUAUAUAGUAAUGUGCUAGGAUAUCUAGGAGGUGUAUCUUGGGCAAUGUUGGUUGCAAGAACGUGUCAACUUUAUCCUAAUGCCGUUGCGGCGACGUUAAUAGAAAAAUUUUUCCUUGUAUUUUCUCAGUGGAAAUGGCCACAGCCAGUACUUUUAAAGCAGCCUGACAAUGUUAAUUUAGGUUUUCCAGUUUGGGAUCCAAGAGUUAAUAUAUCGGAUAGGUAUCACUUGAUGCCAAUAAUUACGCCGGCAUAUCCUCAACAAAAUUCGACGUUUAAUGUAUCGGUUUCGACGAGAACAAUCAUGCAGGAAGCAUUCGAAACCGGACUGUCGAUAACGGAAGAAAUUAUUAUGGGGAAAGCAACGUGGGACAAGCUGUUUGAACCACCAAAUUUCUUUGGCAAAUACAAACACUAUAUUGUACUAUUGGCAAGAAGUUUAUCUCCAGAGGAUCAACUCGAAUGGUGUGGGCUUGUCGAGUCAAAAAUACGGCAUUUGAUAGGUACCCUGGAAAGGAAUCCUCACAUCACAUUGGCACACGUAAACCCAGAGGCAUUUCCACCGUUAGAACCAGAACCGGAGGGUCAUUGUUCCAUGUGGUUUAUCGGCUUACUGUUUGCCAAAAGCGAGAACUUGAACGUCGAUCUAACGUACGAUAUCAAAUCGUUUGUAGAUUCAAUUCAAAGGCAAGCGGAACAAUUGAGCGUUCUGAAGGAGGGUAUGUGGAUAGAGGCAAAACACGUGAAGAGAAAGGAUCUACACACUUAUGUUUCUCCUAGUCUGCUCAGGCGAGAAAGAAAGGUUUCUGGCAGUGUACAUAAAAACGGAAAUAUUGCUGGGAAUGGUAACAAUGGUAGCGUGUCACCACGGAACCAAGGAGACCCGGUGAAUCGGAAGAGAUUAUCAGACCAGACUACGGAUUCGUGUGGAAAGAAGCGAAGAGUUAACGACAAUGAACAGCAAGUGACACAGGGAGAAGAUGGGUCUUUGGUGGUUCAGUCUUGCGGAGAAGAUAGCAAUUCCGGAUUUAGUCUGGAUGAAUACAAGCAAACAUUGACAGCUGCUAAGGAUGUAAGACAUUGUACAUAUAAUGAACAAUAAUCAGCAUAGAGCAGGAUUAGGAGGGGCCUACUGGUGCAUCAACAGUAGCACAGGAAGGGUACGUUUGCACUUGACCACUGCAGAAUUACUACCUCACGUCGAUUCACAGAUGCUCCUCUGGGUCAUCUAGACUGUAAAUCAGUUCUCAUGCAACCAUCCACUGCCCACUGUAAGUCCCCCGUUUCGUAAAAACAAAGCAACGUGAUGCGUUUAAGGAAGCUACCCGUUGGAGUAAAUCGAUGCACGACUGUAUGACAGACGCUCUGAUUUUAAUCUUUAUAAACAACAUCAACAGUCAAUGGGAACAAUUAUACCCGCGAACGAAUGAUUGUGCCAGUGUCUGUGAUGUCACAUUUUUUUUAUCGCAAACCAUGUGACAAUUUGAGAAUUAAAAUACGAGAACUUGAAAGCAUCACUAUCUGUAAAGUUCGAUAAUUUUAUUUUUAUAUUUCAUUUUAUACAUAUAUAUCGCUUAUGAUAAUUUUUACCCACGAAAUUAUUAAAAGCAACCAAAAAAAAGAGAAGAAAAAAAAAGAAAAAGCCUGGAAAAUGGUUAUAUUUUCAUUAAAAGCUUAUAAUUAGGGUUUUCAAUUAAAAGAAACGAAACAAAAAGAAAGAAAAAAAAAAUACGCUCGAAGGUUUCAGCGUUACGAAGAUGAAACGUAUUCUUGUAUAAAACGCAUUUCUUUAAUGCAUAAGUAGAUAAAGUAUAAAGAAAGAAGUAGUACGUCUAAGUUGUAAAUAAUCUAUACUCUUCGUUACUCUCUCGUGUCGUAAAUGACACGAAACUAUCUGUCCUUUUUAAGUUCGAAGUAGCGUCACUGUAUCGUGGUAAACACGUCUCUUUUGCUUCAGUUGUUUAGCUAAAUAUUUAUAUAAUAUUGCUUUAAUAUUAAUAUUAUUUAUACCUCUUAUAUUGCACGAAAUAUCAGUUCCAUCUUCUACGAAUAAUGUUAUAAUUUCGCGUAAGAUUAAUUUUUUUUUCCUGUAACCAGUCGAGUAAUGAACUGAAAAUCACCGACACUGGCAUAAAAAAUCGAAAUGUUUUAUUUGCAGAAAAAAAUUUAAAAAAAAAAAUUGUAAUAGGUUUGCCUCGAUGGUUAAUUUAAAAGAAAAUAACUCUGCAAAUGAAAUAUCGUAGGCCAUUGACUAUCUUGUUGACGAUCGUGUUACGCGAAUCAGUUUCGUACGGAGAGUGGUCGCUUUUUAGUUUUUAUUCACAGAAAACGAAGUUAUAGCUUUAACAAUGCAAGCACGGGACUGGCAUCUGGAUUAUUCAAACCAUCGAUCACCUGUUGGUGAGUUAUUUCAGGUGUUCGACUGCCUACAGUCCCCCCUCUCAGUUCGGAUUUUAUCCUAUAUAGAAUUAAUCCAAAAUCUCGCUUACCACCUUUUCCUUUACCAACUACCUAUUUGUGUUAAAGGCAUGUCGCUUAUCGGCUGUCUACCGAGGUGUUUGAUGUUCACUAUUUAAUAACACAUGUACAGAUACCGAUUACCAACGAUACACAGUAUAAAACCGCGUGUAUGAUCAUCAUAUUAAUGAAACUAAGUAUUUGCAGGGUAGGCAGAUAUUUCAUAUCAAUUCUACAAUCUCGUGCAACUUGGGCUUUCUUUAGUUAAAAAGAAGGGUAUCAAAAGGAAUAUCUCAUCAUUUAUCUGAUUUGAAGAUGGGAGGUUCUAUGUUAGGUUCUCCUUAGGUUCUCUCAGGGUUCACCCAAAAUUCAGAGGUCUAAGUUACCUAGGCCUAAGGACUUUAUUUGUCCUUAUUCUUUACGUCCAAGGACCUGGAGGGAUUUAUGUUAAAUUUUACUUAAAUUCUCCCAGGUUCAAUACAAAUGAUGGGAGGUUCCUCCCUUUAAUCUUAGUCAUAAGAAGUCCCGUUGCACCUGAUUGUACAAUUUUUUUACACUUCAGUCGCACGAAAGUGUUUUACGUUGCUUAAUGAAUGUUUAUUGCGAAUCUAUUAAAUAUUCCAUUGAAAUUCAUUGCAAUACUCUGCGAAUAUUAUAGUUGAUUUUGUUCAAUGGUUAGGGACCAUUUCGUUGCUUGUAAAUACUCGCCAUAAUCUUGGGGAUACUAGUUCGUUUUUUUUUUCUCGUCAAUUAUGUCGGUAUAUCGUAAUUCUCUGUUUAUACAGUAUUGGGAAUGUAUACGUACACGUUGUACAGUGAGAGAUUAAGGAUCAACUAGAAAAUGAACCCUUUAUUUUUCUCUAUUUUUGCGUUAUAUAGUCAAGUUAGACCUCGUGUACGAUAUGAAAACGUUAUUUAUGUUUUUUUUCUUUUUUUUAAUUCUGUAAUUUUGUUACAGUAAAGAGCAAAGUCUAUGCAAAACGAACGAUUAAGUCUUGCAGAGAUCUAGGUUUAAUGUAAACGAACCCGCGUUCUGAUAUUAUCGUGAAGGUAUGUAAAUUAAGAUUUUCAGGUCUUAAAUAAAAGAAUUUCUUAUGCAGGAAAUACUUGACAAUUUAUUGAUACUUCCAUUUAGAACGAAUAUUAUUUAAUCGUUUAUAUGAUAGGUACUUUCGUCCCCAUCCUUAACCCUGAGGGACUUAAUUCAUUUUAGUAUCUUAAUAAAAAAUAUUUAAUCUAUUUUGUGUUCUAUAAAAUAUAUUAAUAAAUCUUAAUGUCAAAUAAUCGUAUUUAUGAUAUAUUUUAAAAUUUUAGUUGUCUAAACUUUCUUCAUUAUUCUGGUCAAAUGUGUCCAGUUUUAGUUAUUCUUUGCUAUAAUCUUUUAAUCAUCUUUCUAGCUUUAAUUUCUUUGUCAAAAUUUAUAGUAGGUCUAUUGGUCUGAUUGAUCAAGAUCCGGUAUCUUUCCAUCUUUCGCCUUCUCAUGAUCAAUAAAAAAAGGGAAUAUUGAAGAUUUUAUUUUUCCCUUCAUUUUGUGUUCAUCUUUCUAUGACGACUCUGAACCUUUUAUUUAAACAAGUUCAGUGUACAAUCAUUAUAAGAUCUCGUACCUUUGUUUAUGCGAUUACGUUGAGGUCGAUUAUAGUUUUUAUCAUUUUUCCUUAGUUAAUUAUCGAUCGAAAUGCACUACGAUGCAAAGAACUAACUUUCCCAAAACUGAAAAAUAUUAAUCUUUCUCUCCCCCUAAUUAUACUUUCUAAUAAAAGAGAUUCAAAAACGAAUUGAUUAUGGUGCAAUACAUAAACUUUUAGGUAUUUCUGAAUGACUGAAUGUAACAUUAAUCAGAAUACGGGAAAGUUACGAUCAUAGAGAAAUAUUUUAUUUACUGAAAUAUAUCUUUGAUCGAAUCUUUUCCGUCGUAUUAAUUAAGAAUUUUCUUUCAAAUUAAUUUCUAUCGUUUCGAACGUGACAACGAAUACCAUGAAAGUUCCUUGGAAUAAUUUCUACGACAGUCAUUCAGUCAGUUAGGUGGCAGGCGAGAAUGCUCAAUGAAAGUACUCAGGAAAUAAUUUUUUACUUUAAAAUAAUGUUAAUAAAAUGAUGCAGAACAAGCGUAAGGUUUGCGCUGUAUUUCCCUAUCAUCCGAAAUCUUUUCUUUGCGACUAUCAUGGAAUUAUUAUUAUUCCUUCAUCGUUGUUUCACUUCUCGAUAAUAAAAAUCAUAUCACAGUUAGAAAAAGCUAAUUUAUCUAUUAUUAUAGCUACCAAAAAUAGUCAAGCAUGUGCAUCAUAGUUAAAUACAAAAAGAUCAAUAAACAGUGAACAUCAAUAUUAUCCUCACCUAUUAAGUACCACGUAUUUUCAUAUUUCAAAAAAAUAAAAGAAACAUGAAAAAUAAAAUCAUUACUUCUGUUCUUAAAAAGAUGUCAAGCAGACAUGUCUAUAGCAUAUUCUUACCUCCUCGAUCCGUUUUCGAGAACGUCGCAGCUCUCUGUGUGUCAAUGGGACGUUCUCGACCCACCAAACGUCGAAAUACCGUAGAAAAAUUAGAGAAACGAAACGGUGAACGUCACUCAUAAACACGAAACACGUACACGUCUUUUUCUCGUAUACAAGCAAAAAAUUGAAAACUUGAGGAAAAAAAAGUGCUGAAGGCAAAGCCAACUAUCGUUUAGGAACAGAGAUGUACAGAAUAGGAAAUUUUAAAGACUGUCUUGAUCGACAUUCGCCUCCAUUAACGAUAAACACCAACAUGCACACAAUAAACGGGAAUUUGUUGCAUAUUAAUUAUACGAGAGACCGUGAGCACACACGUGACACGCACGAAUUUUCUAUGGAACACAACUGUUGAAGUAACGCGAAUACAUCGAGACUGCGUGUUUAACAUGUGAACGUGUGAGUCAUUUGUCUGAUUGGAAACUAAACGGCAUCGAAUACAUUACAUCACGUGUUUAUGUGCUUAGGUUCCUCGCGAUACACCGAACGGACUCUCCGCCCAAUGACACACCGUUACCCUCAUCCCUUCCCGUGUACACACGAUGCAUAUGAUCUGGAUAAAAUUAUUGGACAAAUUAUUUAAUUAUUAAAUUGCCUUAAUCACACUGACUUUUCAGAAAUUCUCUUAACUAUUUUAUCACUAAGGGUGAUUAUAAUCAUUCACUGCAAAACGUUGACACUUCAAAAUGGAAAAUAAAAUUAUUCUGUUUAAUUUCGAAAACACAAAUUAAGAAUUCCCUCGAUAACACUACCACAACAGUAUACUAGACUUCUCUAUUUAUCAUUUUCAAUUCUGUAAAUUACUUUUUUAAUUUGAAUUUUUCCAACACAAAGGGUUAACACGAUGUCAACUAGCACCAUAGAAACAACAUAGACUAUUGGAAAGGUCUGGUGUAUAUCAUUAUACUAGUGUGUCCAUUGUCUCGCGAUUGUACCGUUCGUUCGUGUAUCUCGUUCGAAAUAAAACAGUUUGCAGAGUCUCGUUUCGAAGGAUAUUAUACACUGGUGUGUGAACGUGUACGCGUCUUCUUCAGCAGCAUCAAGGGUACACGAGGAUGCACAUUGUUACUUAAGUUCCUUGCCACUGAGAGUGGGUGCUGGUGGGUGCAUGGAUCUCGAAGGAGACCGUACGCGAUAUCGGUGUAUCGCGAAGACCGUAACCGCGUUAGUUGUUACUCCAUUCGUAGGAUCGAGGUCGUUGUAAAAAUGAAAACAUAACAACGACGACAGGGUCCACACAACCACGUGCUUCGACGUUGCAAUACGGAUGAUUGUUUACCGCGAGGCACGAGUUAUAAAGCAUAAUUUGUAUCCCCAUCGGCAGUUGUACACUCUGUAUCUUUCUUGAAAUAAACCGAAAUAAAUUU